GUUUAAAAUAAUUAUUUUUGGAUAGACACUAAUUCUGUGCUUUUUCACCGGCAUCUAUAUAAUUGACGAUACUGAGAAUUAAGAUUUAAAUCUGAACUAGAUUUAUUAGUAGCAAGUCUUCAAGGACAUCUACUACUGCACAGCAGAAGUUGCUCAGGUGGGAAUCUCAAUGAGUAUCAAUAUGUUUAUUAAAUAAAUGUGUAAAUUGAGGUUCCUGAAGUUAUUGGUGAGAAAUGAGUGUUUUUAAAAAAUAUCCAAGUCCUGCACUUUUUCAGCGAUCUGUUUCAGAGCAGGAUGGAAACACUACAAAAAUAGGAUGUAGCUUGAAGGACUAUCACUGGUAUCACCAAGUGAAGAGUAAAAAGUUAUAUGAAGAUGCAGGUUUGGAUUUAGCAAAGCUUCUUGGAACUUAUCGAUGGCAGACUCCUCCUCGAUUUCAUUGGAAGAUGACUAAGAGAACAGACGCAUCAAAAGCUGAUGAACAGCCCCUGAGACUGCAAACAUUAAUUGCUGAUGGCUGUCAAGAAGAUCCUGAAGAAAAGGUUGCUAUGCCAGCAGCCAGGACAUUUCGGGUUCCCUUCUGCAGGUCUAUCUCUGAACCUGCUCCACAAUGGAGAGACAGAAAUCCAAAACCUCUUCUGCAACCAGAAGGUAGUGAGCAGGACAGUUACUUUAUUCGUGGUUUCUUCUCUACAAUCUCUGGCAGCCUUUCUAAGGUUUUGAACCGGAGAGAAGAACAGGAUUUAGCGGUCACAGAUGAAAUGGAGGACAAACGUAUGGAUUUGGCUGCAGAUGUGAAAGGACCUGCAACUCAUAGACUAUCUUGUGGUCAGUCCCCUGAUUCAGAAACUAUAAUAUGGGAGACAAAGUAUUGUAUUCUGACCAACAGCCAGCUUGUGUUGCUGAACAAGGAAAAGGAGGUAGCAGUCGAAGGAGGACAAGAGCAGCCAGCAGAGCCCACCAAAGGGCGUUGCCUGCGACGUACUGUGAGUGUUCCUUCAGAGGGUCAGUUUCCUGACUAUCCACCAGAGGGAGCUACUAAGCUUGAGGUUCCACCAGAGACAUCUCCUCGAAGACGGAGCAUCUCCGGAACAAGCAAUCCCACAGAUACGUCAAAUACAUCACCUUUCCGAGUACCAGGCUUCUUUAGUAGACGUCUUAGAGGCUCAAUCAAAAGAACAAAGAGCCAAUCUAAGCUAGAUAGGAAUACCAGUUUUCGUCGUCAGACCAUUGAAGAAAGGUCCCCUGGCUUGUCAAAGUUGAAACAAUCAUUUUCCCAUGAAUCUUUGCUGAGUCCAGGAGGUCCUAUUGAAACUUUGGAUCUUGGGACUGAUGACAAAGUCUUUGUCAUGCCACUUCAUAGCAGUAUAAUUGGACGAGACUUCUGCUUUGAGAUAUCUUGUUCCACCUGUAGUAAAUGCUUCAGUUGCACUUCUGCUGCUGAAAGAGACAUCUGGAUGGAGAACAUACGGAGGGCUCUCCAGCCUAACAAGGAUAAUUGCCGUCGAGAUGAGAAUGUGUUACGUCUUUGGAUCAUUGAAGCCAAAGGUUUGGCCCCCAAGAAGAAGUAUUUCUGUGAAAUAUGCCUGGAUGAAAUAUUAGUUGCCCGAACUACCAGUAAAUCAAAAGCUGACAAUAUUUUCUGGGGUGAACAGUUUGAGUUUUCUGGCCUUCCACCCACCUAUCACAUUACAGUCCACAUCUAUAAGGACACUGAAAAGAAAAAGAAAAACUAUAAGAAUAAUUAUAUUGGUCUGGUCAGCAUUCCCAUAGCUACUGUCACCGGUCGACAGUUUGUGGAAAAGUGGUACACUAUCAGCACUCCCACAGUCAAUAAGGGAAAGUCCGGUGUGCCAUCCAUCCGGAUCAAGUCACGGUACCAGACCAUCAUCGUCCUUCCUAUGGAAAAAUAUAAAGAGUUUGCUGAAUUUGUAACCAACAAUUACACUGAAUUAUGCUCUGUUUUGGAACCAGUCAUAAGUGUCAGAAACAAAGAGGAGAUGGCCUGUGCUAUGGUGCACAUUCUUCAGAGCACCGGCAAAGCAAAGGACUUCUUGACUGAUCUGGUGAUGUCUGAAGUGGAUCGCUGUGGGGACCAUGAUGAGUUGAUCUUCAGAGAAAAUACACUUGCCACCAAAUCCAUUGAGGAAUAUCUCAAGUUGGUGGGGCAGAAGUAUCUGCAAGAUGCACUAGGUGAAUUUAUCAAGGCGUUAUACGAGUCAGAUGAGAACUGUGAAGUGGAUCCCAGCAAAAGUCCACCUAAUGAAUUAGCUGAUCACCAGGCAAAUCUCAAAAUGUGUUGUGAGCUAGCCUUCUGCAAAAUUGUCAAUACCUACUGUGUCUUUCCUCGGGAGCUGAAGGAGGUAUUUGCAUCAUGGAAGCAGCAGUGCCUCAAACGGGGAAAGCAGGAUAUCAGUGAACGCCUGAUCAGUGCCUCGCUUUUCCUCCGAUUCCUUUGCCCAGCCAUCAUGUCUCCAAGUCUCUUCAAUCUCAUGCAGGAAUACCCAGAUGAUAGUACCUCUCGUGCACUCACACUAAUUGCAAAGGUUAUCCAAAACUUAGCAAAUUUCACAAGAUUUGGGAACAAAGAAGAAUAUAUUACCUUUAUGAAUGCCUUUCUAGAGCACGAAUGGACACAUAUGAAAUGCUUCUUGGCAGAAAUUUCUAAUGAGGACACCAUUUCUAAUAAGCCAGGAUUUGGAGGAUACAUAGAUCUGGGAAAGGAGUUUGCUGUCUUGCAUUCUUUGCUGUGGGAAGUUGUCUGGGAGGUGGACAAGGGUGAAAAUUCCUUCCUACAGGCAACAGUAGAAAAAUUGGGUCCUUUGCCACGCAUUCUCGAUGACAUCGCAAAGGAUACAACUCACCCUCUGCCAAUCCAGCAACAGUUGAGACGUUAUCCAGAUCAUAAUUCAAGUCCCAAUGUCUCUUCUGGGCUGCAAAAAAUAUUUGAAGACCCAGCUGACAGUGAGCGCAAGUUGAAGUCAGCCCCUCCAGCAAAUGAAGAAUAUUUCAAAGGCAAAUUGCUCUUGAUGCAGCAAACGUCAUCCCGGAGUGUGACUUAUUCAGAUCAAGGCGACGAGACCAAUCUGCCCAAUGUCCGAAGCAUAUCGCUGAUGAAUCUCCAAGAUCCCAACGUCACACAGUCUGAAUCUGGAUCCAUGAUGCACGAGGCCCCGGUACGUUUAUCUGGCAGUCAGAUUUCAGUCAUCCAAGUGGCAAAUAUCAAGCAGCUCAGAACACCACAGACGGCCCCCCAAGUCAGGAGACCUCUUCAUUCGGCAUUAAACCAGCAAGGCAUUCUUCAGGCUCUUUUUUUCCAGAAUCCAGUUUAUCAUCUCAACAAUUGUCCUCAGCCAAUUCCUAAAGUGUCCAUGGAAUCAAGCCUGGAUAACCUGAGUGUCACCAGUUCCCGAAGCCAGAAUAGUGAAGACCUUAAACUUAGUGUACCCAGCAAUAGCAGCAUGGAGGAUUAUGCCAAACGCAGCACCCAGAAUGAAGAUUUUUCUGGUCAGGGCACCCUGUUGGACAAACGAGCUAUGCCAGCUCACCAGAAUUACACUGUGCAGGUCCAAAUCCACAAAGCGGAUCAAGCAAGUUCCAGCUCAAUGGUCAGAUCACCCCACUCACUUCCCCACAGUGCUUCUCUUCGAAGCACAGGCAGCAUGUCUGUAGCAUCUGCCACGAUGGCAAUGGAGCCUCUUCAGGAGGGCAAUCAAUCCCGGCAGCAGUCUUCCUCCUCCCGAGAGAGCCCAGUUCCCAAAGUGCGAGCCAUUCAGCGGCAGCAAACACAGCAGAUGCAGUCGCCUGUAGAUUCUGCCACUAUGUCACCUGUGGAAAGGACAGCUGCUUGGGUCUUAAACAAUGGACAGUAUGAGCAAGUGGAGGAAGAGGCAGAGCAAAACCCAGAUGAAGCCAAUCAUACAGAAAAGUAUCAGCAAGAGAUUGUCAAGCUCAAGGAUCGCCUGAAGGCAUCAAGUCGACGGUUGGAGGAGUAUGAGCAGCGUCUCCUUGUGCAGGAACAACAAAUGCAGAAACUCAUUUUAGAGCACAGAUCAAUGAUGGAAGACAGCAAGGAGCGGCUGCGAAAGCAGCAGGAGGAGAAGGAUAGCCAGAUGAAGAGCAUCAUUAGCAGAUUAAUGGCUGUGGAAGAGGAGCUAAAAAAAGACCAUGCAGAAAUGCAAGCGACCAUUGAUGCUAAGCAGAAAAUUAUCGAGGCACAGGAGAAAAGGAUCCUCUCCUUGGAUUCAGCCAAUACAAGAUUGAUGAGUGCCCUAACUCAAGUGAAGGAACACUAUGGCAUGCAGGCCCGGAGCAGCGUCUCUCCUACUAAUCCCCCCAGGCUUUCCAUCACAGAGAAUGGGGAAUUUAGGAACAGCAGCUGCUAAUUUCAAGUUGUCCCACCAAACUAAUUGCCAUCUUUCAUUUCCCUUGCCCACUCCAAGCCUAGUUAAUCCUUUCCAUCCCAGAAAAUGGGGAAUUUAGGAACAGCAGCUGCUAACUACAAGUUUUCCCACCAAAUGAAUUGAUAUCUUUCAUUUCCCUUGCCCACUCCAAGCCUGGUUGACCAACUCCCUUGGUGUUCUCCAAAAUCUUCAAAAUCCCUGCUUAAAAGCAGAAAAUUUCAGGGAAAACUGGACUGCCUGCCACAGCCAUAUACCUGUACUAUCAACCUGCUUGGGCUUCCUUUCAACAUUGCAGCUGGUAAUUACAUUUCCAUAUUUCAAUUUGCUAGUUUUUCAACUUGCCUCUCUACAUUAAAUCUCGACCAUGGCAGCAACAUGUCAUGGUACAUAGGGCAGAGCAGGUAUCAAUAGUUUCCGCACUAGGUGAGCACAGAAAAGACUGUUUAAUGUAAGUCAGGGGUCAAAAAAGUUUAAAAAAUGAAUUGAAAAACAGAUACUGAUUUUUUUUUUAAAUCAAAGGUUUAAAAAACAAGAAAUAUGUAAAAAUCUAAUGAAAAGUUUUAAAAGGUAAACAGGUUUUGAAGAUUUCAUUAAAAAUAUGUUAUUUGGGGGAAUGAUAGACAUAUUGCUGACCCGUUUGCUGCUAUUUAGGUUUUUGUGUUGUUUUGUUUGUUUUCUCAAAUUCCUCCUAUAAACAUCUUUUUUUUACAAUUUAGAUUAUUUUUAAAUUUAAAUGUUAUUAGUCAGCUGUUUACAUAGACCAAGAACAAGGAGUUUUAUCUGAAAUGCACUACCUCCCCCUACCUUCCAUUCCAACAAUGAGACUGACAUUUGAUAGCAGGUGAGACAGGAAUACUCUUCAAGAGUCUUUACCGAAAACAUUUCACCCUGGUGGGGCAGGACAAUUGCAUCACGCAACUCAUCCAUUAUCUCCCUGGCAUUUCCUAGCUGUCAGGAAUGACAGUGUACACAUUUCUUAUCGAGGGCUGUUUUCUUUGUCUCCUGCAUUUGUAAUUAUGUUGGCACCUGUUGACAUCUUGCAGUGCAGAGUGAACCCUAUCCAUUCCUUCUCACAGCCCACACUUUCUUCUUGGUGAUUUGGCUCUCCAUUCCCAUAUUAACCUGGGUACCUAUUUGGUAUGGCAGGCAACCAUUUUACAUGGAGAAACAAUUUACUCUCUUUUUCAAUCAGGAUUCUUCUCUUCUUCCGCAGAGCAAAAUUGGAAGUUCCACUUCCUUUCUCACUGUUAAAUUCCUUUGUGAUGGUUUUAAAAAGGGCUGUAAGCUUGUCCUGAACAGUUCACACAAGUAUCUAGCUAUUCCUUUAAUACAGAAAAAGUAACUGUACAGAAAUUAUGUCCUUACAGAACAAAAGUAAGCUCACUUAACAGAAGGAAAUGAAAAAUGUUAAUCCCUGUCUGACAUACAGCCCUUCACCAAGCCACUUGUCAGUCAUCCCAUUUGGCCAUUUAAAGAGGCUUCGGCUUCUCAGUCCUCAGUUUGGGACGCAUGCACACCAGCUGCGCCCCUGCAGCACUGCUGAGGCUUCUUGAGCCAGAGGCUCCUCCAGGUUCUUCUUCUCCAAUUCUUUGCUUGUUGCCCACAUCUUGGGUCUUUGGCCUCCUGGUGGGAUCCAGGUAGGCACUACUGUGAAAAGUGACUUAACCAUCCCAUUUGGCACAUUCAACAAAAGAAACUCUUGGCUCUUUAUAAUUAACAAGAGUCUAGCUUUAUUGAAAACUCCACCUAGGUAUAGCAGAGACAAAGUCAGUUCUGGGAUUUUCCUACAAAUUUACCUGUGUAGGUAAAAAACACAUUUUCCCCUCCAGGCUACCUGCAGUUCAUAGUUUAUCAAUUGAGUUCAGUUCUUUUGUUUUGGGAAAGAGUGUUUUUGAUGUUCACAUAAUCUUCAUAACUUGUCCUUGGUGGAUAAUGUCUUGCUGGCAACAGAAAGCACUCUUGCAUUCUGUAGACUUCCCUCCCCCUUAGGAAUUCACCACCCCCUUCCUAUCACUGUAUGGCACACUGCAAGCAAAAGCAGGUGCAGGCAACUAUGGAGUAGAGUCAGGUUUGACACCACUGUUCAGCUGUUUCUCUCCUCAUCCGCAACUACAUUACUCUUUUCUUGCACAACAAACCAUAAACCACCCUUAAAGCCAAUUGUUUUCCUCUCAAUGGCUAGUAUUUCACUCUUCUUCUUGAUAAAGACAGAAGACAAACUCUUUACUUGUGGUCAGAAGAGGACAGUCCUGAAAUAAAGAAUCUUUUUGUGAUGCUCCAGAGGGUGGCAAGCAGGAAAAUGCAUACAUAACCUUCCCCAGUAGCAUGGCAUUCAAGGGAUUAGUGUUCUCAUUUAAUCGGCAAACUGAAAGCAUGCAACAAGAGUCCCAAGUGGACAGAAGACUUCAAAGGCCAGGCGUUGCGAAAAGUGGACCAUGGAUCUAAACAUGGCUGUUCAUUCAGCCUGAAAGUAAAUUAAUAGGGCCAAGCUUCUGGUGCAUAGGGCAGGACUGAAGUUUAGGGUGCUAGUGAGCAGUGUUAGUGACAGCCUCCUUGUUGGCAAGCUGGCACUGUCCAAUUGCUACCACGCUCCUUGGACUGAAGAUCUGCCAGACACACCCACAGAGGUGGAGGAGGGGUGAGAGCUGGCCCUUUCCAGAACAAACUUCCUGACCCUGCUCUAGGCAUUCAAGUGUGCAGUUUCAGGAUGCCAGAGGUUCAAAUCUCUGGACACAUGAAAUCCAAACCGGCCAGUUCUAUCCAACAAGGGAAGCUCAGCCAAUGGUGGCUGCUAUGCCAGUACCCUGUGGGAACUACUGAAGGAUGGGAAGAGCUUGGUUGGUUGACAAGACACGUGAAGUGCUUUUGGUCUGUUCACUGUAACAUGCAACUGCUCAAAGACUGGCUCCUGGUCCUCUGACUGCAGGAGCAGCUGCUUUGGAGACUGCUGGCUGGAUCAGCCUCAGGUGCUUGGUUGCUUACCAGGCUGAUUGCUUGCUUGACCCAUUCAGAACGCAUUUUUUGCCAUCAGGAUCCUCUGAAUCUGAGCUACCCAUGGCAUGAAUCCUUCUGCCCUCUUCCAGAAAGGAAUGAGCAAAAAAAAAAAAAACCCAGAAAGCAGAGAAGGGUAGAGGAUUGUUUUCUUUCUUAAUAAGGCAGAAUCCUAACAUGGUGGAGAAAAGUAGGGCUGCAUCCAAAGCAACUUUUCCUACAUCUACAAUAUUCACCAAGAGAGGACAAUAGUCCCUAUCAUAUUCUGUAUGAUUUCAGGAGUACUUGCAGUGUUUCUUAUUAAUAAGAAAGUUAAUGAGAUCCUACUGCCAUAUAGGCAGUUCUCUUAAGAGUUGCCCCCCCCCCAAUCUUUGGACACCAGGGACCAGUUCCGUGGAGAAUGGUUAUUCCAUGGACCAGAGGGGGCGUGGUUUUGUGUGCUGCCUGCAUCCUGCGGAUGGGGCUUCCCUUGUUUGCAUGGCCCAGUGCCUUGUUGUGCCAAAACAAUUAUAAUUUUCACAUCCAGGAUGAGGAGGAAUGCCUAUCUCUAUUCAAGAUUGGUCUCACAUUAUAGUCACUAAGACCUGUAAAGAGAGUGUCUAAAAGUCCCCCGUUAAAUUCUCACCCAUAACGGCAUAAGUGGAAUAGUCAAAUAGUUCAGUGAAAACAAAAUCCCUUUUCUGACAUUAAAGCUAGGAAUCCAGAGAUAGUAUUAAAUCUUUUUAUCUUUUUUUUUGGAAAUUAUAUUUGGCUUAUUCAGGAAAAGUUUCAAAUAAAAAACACAAAAUAUUGAAAAACAAUUAAAAAAAAGCAACAAACAAGACAUAAAAAAGUGUCUUUAAAAAUUAACACAUAUACACAUAACAUCCUCCCUACUUGAAUGUUCAUUAAUAUAAUACAUUAAUCUCCCACCCCUUACAAAACAGACCAAAAAAAAUCUUUAAAUUACUCAACUACUGAAUCUAUUUACAUAUUGUUAGUCUGCCAUCUAUAUACUGUAUCGAUAACAAAAUAGUUAAUAGAAAAAAUAAAAGUGAUAAGAAUAAUAUAUAAAAAUAAUAAAGAUUAUCAUUAAUAAUGAAAAUGAGAUGAGAUUAAAAUUCCAAAACCCUCUGUUAACAAACUUUUAUUGUAAACAGCUUGUAGAAAAUUUACUAUAGCUUCUUUUGAAACUUUUUUAUUGGUAUAUCAAAGUAUAAAAUACAAAGAAAAAGUCAAAAAAGUAAGGAAAAACUAGGAAGGGGGAGAGGGGCAAGAAAAAAUAUAUGGUAUAAAAAGGUCAAAGGAAAGAAAAAGGCACCAACUUCCGAUUCUCUUUAGCACAGUAGAAGAUAAUAUUACAACUGCAACUUUUUACUUUUACACAACAGUAUGUACAAGCCAUUUGUACAACAAUAAACCUGUCUAAUUAGCAGAAACAAAAUAAAAGUUUCACUUUUUUUAUUGCAAGCACAAAAUCUGGAAGCAAUUUCAAAAGGUUAGCUAUAUUCUCUUCUUUGCAUAAAAUAAUUGAUUUGACCAUCUAUGCUUCUCUUUGCUGUGGGGAAUAAUAUAUGCUUCUGUUAACUCAUUAAUCUUUAUCAUAAUUCAUAUUAAGAGAAUACUCUAUAUUAUUUCAAAAAGCAGUAACCCGAAAGGCAGAAAACACUUUUUCUAGUAUUGAUAUUUUACUAACUUUAAAAAAUACUCAAGUA